GGUGUUGAAGGCGCUGCCGCAGAUGCAGAGGCAAUAAAAAGUUGGGUGGGAUGGAAUGUUUUUAGAAGACUACAGCAGUGAAGCAUCAUCAUCAUCAUCAUCGUCAUCAUCAUCAGGAUUAGGAGCAGCAAAGUGAUGGAGCCACAACAGAUCAGAGAGGGAUACUUGGUGAAAAAGCGUUCAGUGUUGAACUACUGGACAGCAGUGUGGGUGGUCCUGUCCGAUGAUGGCCUGGAAUUCUACAAGAAGAAAACGGAUCAGUCCCCCAAAGGAAUGAUCCCUCUGAACGGUGCCACGCUUGUCAAUCCUUGCCAGGAUUGUGGCAAUAGAGUGCUGGUGUUCAAGAUCACCACACUCAAGAAGCAGGACCACUUCUUCCAAGCCUCGCAUGUGGAGGAGAAAGAAUUGUGGGUGAAAGACAUCAAGAGGGCCAUCACGUGUCUGCAAGGGGGGAAGAAGUUCGCUAGGAAGUCCACAAGACGCUCCAUUCGCCUGCCGGACACGGUUAACCUUGCUCAGCUGUACGCUCUACUGAGAGACCAAGACGAAGGGGUCAAAGAGUUAAAACUGGAGCGGGAGAACCGCAUCUUCAACCACUGCUUCACUGGCUCCACGGUGAUAGACUGGCUCAUCUCCAAGGAGAAGGCUCGGAACAGGCCCGAGGCGCUGAUGUUGUCCACAGGCCUUCUGAACGAGGGCUUCCUGCAGCCUGCCGGUGAUCUCUCCAAAGAGGGGGCGGAGAGCGGCAAAAACUGUGUUUUCUUGGACCAGACCGAUGCUUUUUACUACUUUGCAGACAGCGGAUUCUUCUGCGAAGGCUACUCCAGUGACGAGGACUCUCUUCUCAAGGAGGAGUUCAGAGGGAACAUCGUCAAACAAGGCUGCUUGCUCAAACAGGGCCACAGGAGGAAAAACUGGAAAGUCCGCAAGUUCAUUCUGAGGAACGACCCUCCUUAUAUGCAUUAUUACGACCCCACCAAGGGUGAAGACCCCCUGGGCUCCAUCUAUUUGCGGGGGUCCGUGGUGACAGCUUUGGAGUUUGUGCCGGACGCCCAAAAAUAUGACAUCGAAGGAAACCUCUUCGAGAUCAUCACCUCGGAGGAAACGCAUUACUACCUCCAGGCGGCCACGGGCGAGGAGAGGAAAGGGUGGAUCGAAGCGGUGCAGGAAGUGUCUAAAAGUGUCUAAAAGUGGGAAGUGAAUUGUGACUUUGUAGCAACAUUCUUCUCUAACUUAUUAGACCAGGGGUGUCAAACUAAUUUUAGCUCGAGGGCUGCAUGGAGAAAAGCCUAUUGGCCGGACGGGUAAAAUCAUGGCAUGAUAACUUCAAAUAUAACUAUGACAACUUCAGAUUGUUUUUUUUUUGUUUUACUUUGGCCCAAAAUAUCACACCAGUGAAGUUGGCACGUUGUGUAAUUCGUAAAUAAAAACAGAAUACAAAAAUUUGCAAAUCAUUUUCAACUUACAUUCAAUUGAAUAGACUGCGAAGACAACAUAUUUAAUGUUCCAACUGAGAAACUUGUCAAAAAGUUGUCACAUGGGCAUUGUUACCACUGUGUUACAUGGCCUUUCCUUUUAACAACACUCAGUAAAGGUUUGGGAACUGAGGAGACACAUUUUUUAAGCUUCUCAGGUGGAAUUCUUUCCCAUUAUUGCUUGAUGUACAGCUUAAGUUGUUCAACAGUCCGGGGGUCUCCCUUGUGGUAUUUUAGGCUUCAUAAUGAGCCACACAUUUUCAAUGGGAGACAGGUCUGGACUACAGGCAGGCCAGUCUAGUACCCGCACUCUUUUACUAUAAGGCUACACUGUUGUAACACAAGCUUUGCAUUGUCUUGCUGAAAUAAGCAGGGGCGUCCGUGAAAAAGACGUUGCUUGGAUGGCAACAUAUGUUGCUCCAAAACCUGUAUGUACCUUUCA